CUGCCUGGACCUGUCAUUGCCUAUAAGAGGCGUAGUCAGCGGGGCGCCCACUUGUCAUCGCUCAGCAGCGGUCCUGCGUACUCCUCCGGCUCUCACCUCUCCACCAUGGCGCUCACCAGUGACCCCGUCUACCAGAAGCUGGCCAAGUUCUACGAAGCCAACCAUGGCUGCCUCAACCUGAGGAAGCUCUUCGAAGCCGACAAGGAACGGUUCAACAAGUUCAGUAAGACCCUCAACACCGGAGAAGGAGAAAUCUUGGUGGAUUACUCCAAGAACCUGAUCACUGAAGAGGUCAUCAAGCUGCUGAUAGAACUGGCCCGGUCAAGAGGUGUGGAGGCCGCCAGAAAGCGCAUGUUCUCUGCCGAGAAGAUAAACUUCACUGAGAACCGUGCUGUGCUACACAUUGCCCUGCGUAACCGCUCAAACGCGCCUAUCCAGGUGGACGGCAAGGAUGUGAUGCCAGAAGUCAAUGCCGUCUUGGGGAAGAUGAAGACGUUUUGUCAGAAAGUGCGCAGCGGAGACUGGAAGGGUUACAGUGGGAAGGCCAUCACGGACGUGGUGAAUGUGGGAAUCGGUGGCUCCGAUCUGGGUCCACUGAUGGUCACUGAGGCACUGAAGCCAUACUCUAAAGGUGGCCCCCGGGUCUGGUUUGUCUCCAACAUCGAUGGAACCCACAUGGCCAAAACCCUGGCAGAACUGAACCCAGAGACCACGCUCUUCAUCGUUGCAUCCAAGACCUUUACCACCCAGGAAACCAUCACCAAUGCCGAAACCGCCAAGGAGUGGUUCCUGAAGGCCGCCAAAGAUCCAUCUGCAGUGGCCAAGCACUUUGUUGCCCUCUCUACCAAUGCUCCAAAAGUAAAAGACUUUGGGAUUGACACGGCCAAUAUGUUUGAAUUCUGGGAUUGGGUCGGAGGUCGCUAUUCUCUCUGGUCCGCCAUUGGUCUCUCCAUUGCCCUCCAUGUCGGAUUUGACAACUUUGAGAAACUUCUUGCUGGAGCUCACUGGAUGGACAAUCAUUUCUGCAAUACUCCUCUGGAAAACAACAUCCCAGUCAUUCUGGCCAUGCUGGGAGUCUGGUACAUCAACUUCUACGGCUGUGAGACUCAGGCCCUGCUGCCCUAUGACCAGUACAUGCACCGAUUCGCCGCCUAUUUCCAGCAGGGAGACAUGGAGUCCAAUGGGAAAUACAUUACAAAGACCGGAGCGCGUGUCAACUACAACACCGGGCCUGUAGUCUGGGGGGAGCCUGGCACUAAUGGGCAGCAUGCCUUCUACCAGCUCAUACACCAGGGCACCCGUAUGAUCCCCUGUGACUUCAUGAUUCCUGCACAGAGCCAAAAUCCAAUCCGUGAUGGGCUUCACCAUAAGAUCCUCAUGGCCAACUUCCUGGCUCAGACCGAGGCGCUCAUGAAGGGGAAAUCUACAGAAGAGGCAAAGGCCGAGUUACAAGCAUCUGGACUGUCUGGAGAGGAACUGGAGAAACUGCUGCCACACAAGGUAUUUGAAGGAAACCGACCAACCAAUUCUAUAGUGUUCGGCAAACUCAGCCCCUUCAUCUUGGGCGCUUUAAUUGCAAUGUAUGAACACAAGAUCUUCGUUCAAGGAGUUGUGUGGGAUAUCAACAGUUACGACCAGUGGGGGGUUGAACUGGGGAAACAACUGGCCAAGAAGAUCGAGCCAGAACUGGAGUCCAAUGCCCCCGUCACCUCUCACGACUCCUCUACAAAUGGUCUCAUUAAUUUCUACAAGGCGCACAGAUUGUAAACCGGCACCUAGUGUUCAGCGGCCGCCAUCCUGUGUCCCAUUCUUGGCAAAAGGCACUUUCCUGAGCUUUGUCUGUCCUUGUAUUUUGUGUCCUUGUGUGUCCUCCUAUGGGGAGUAGCCCAUGGGGAUGAUGGAUUUGUCCUGUGUGCACCACCUAGAUGUAACUGCACUGUUCUAAACACCACAGUAGGGGGCACUCUGUAAUGGCAGUCACCAGAGCCCAGGCUGUAGUGGAACAUCUCCCCGGCGCUUGGGUCUUGUCCUGUGCAAAUAACGGUUUACAGAAUAAAAACCAUCAAACAAA